GCUCUGUUGGGCCCAAGGUACUUUCCUUCCCUCAAUGACGCCGGGAAGGUAGCGAAUUUUAGAAUGAGAGAGCUAAUAGCGGCAUAUUAGCAAUUUAGCUAGCGCAGCACAUAUAUUUGCUAACAAUGCAAUAACAAAAAAAAUGCCUGCGAAGAAGCACGUACCUACACAUAAUUUGUGUGUUUGGCGGUGCUGAUCGCGCUGGCCCACUUGCUGUUUGCAGUCCUGGGAGGCAGCAUCUGCCUUCAGGCGUCAGUGAGGGAUGGAAAGUGGCUUAGGCUGGCUCUUACUGAUUGGCAGAGCCUCAAAACAUGGCGACAUGUGCCGUGACUUCAAAUACCUAGGAGGUCAGGCGCUUCCCCCCCAAAUUAAUACUUCCGUUGUGUCUCCGCCUUAUACCAUCUACAUGGGAAAGGACAAGUAUGAAAAGAUGCAUGCUGGAAGAACAGCUCUGUUUCUGUUUUCAACACAGAUGAAGAUCUCAUUAAAUAUGGGUGGCCAGAAGAUGUCUGGUUUCAUGUGGAUAAACUGUCCUCGGCUCAUGUGUACUUGAGAAUGCCAAAGGGACUAACAAUAGACGAUAUUCCGAAAGAAGUGUUGAUUGAUUGUGCGCAACUUGUCAAAAACAACAGCAUUCAAGGGUGCAAAAUGAACAACAUCAAUGUUGUAUACACACCUUGGAGCAACUUGAAGAAAACAGGAGACAUGGAUGUCGGACAGAUUGGCUUCCAUCGUCAGAAAGAGGUCAAGAUCGUGGCUGUUGAGAAGAAAAUAAAUGAGAUUGUGAAUCGGUUGGAGAAAACAAAAGAUGAACGAUUUCCAGAUCUAGCUGCAGAGAGAGAGUCUCGCGACCGGGAGGAAAGGAAUGAAAAGAAGGCUCAGAUCCAGGACCAAAAGAAGAAGGAAAAGGAGGAGGUGAAGAGAAAGAAGGAAGUGGAUGAGCUGAAGAGUUACUCAUCUCUUAUGACAAAAGAAAAUAUGACAACAAAUGAGGAUGGCAAUGAUUCUGAUGACUUCAUGUGAAAUACAAGAUCAGGACAUGGACACAAUAAAAGCAUAGCAGGACUUUUGGGGAUUCCUAAAAAUAAAGUCACACGUUGUGACUUUUGGAAGACAUUGAUUAUAUUUGGGGAAAUAUCUUCAAGGAUUUUCAGUGCGGAUAAUACUCAUUCAGACACCCUUUUUAACAGCAGAAAGGACUUUGUGAGUGUAUGGCACAGCUUUACAGCUUCUGCGCAGCCAGUCACAGGAAACAGGGGUCCUGUCCUUCAGGGAGAUAUCCACUGACAAAAGGAAAUGGCAAGAAAUGAUUCUGAAUUAGAUUACGAUGAUCAAGAAUGGUGGGGAUAAACAGUUUAUCUCUCCAAGAUGGAAGGCGGUUGGUAUUGCAGUAUGUAGGCUUGUCAGAUGGAUAUUCCUUUCAAAAAAUGUUAAUAAAUGUUCAAAAAGCAUCAAAACCAAUGGGAAAUUAUGGCUAUACCAUUUCCAAACAUCUGCUGGUCUCAAGUUUUUCAGAAAUAGAACCAUGGUAGAAAUACCAUGAUCUUGACUAGCGCUCAGAUCUGCCCCCUUGAGGCCACAGGAAGAAUUGGUAGCUAUAUUGACUAUCUUUAUUAUUUAGGAUUGUCAUCAGUAAAAAGCAUUUGGUAAGCAUGGAGUUUUAAAGGCGCAAUUGAUGAUUCCAAAUUAGGAAUGAAAGUGUGUGCUUUUAUUUUUUCCGUUUUUAUAUCUUCCAUCAAGAAAAAUUAUAGCUCAGGUAUCAGGGAAUUAUUGUAAAAUGCAUGUGCUAUGCUAAGAAUCCACUGAAGUGCUUUCA